UCUCGCUGUGCCGCAAGCACUCGUAUUAAGCCUCGGUGGAGACACCAAGCUUGCCUUCCACCACGGUGUGUCUGCGUGCAGCACCCAAGAAGCCAGCUCUGGGAACACGCUCGGCUUAGCCUCGCCUCUCACAUUCAUUCGAAGCAUCAUCCUACACCGCUUCUCUAUUUCUCGCUCACACACACACAUUAUCGUCGCUUUCAUCUAUGCCACCGCCUGUGUGUCUAUCACAAUCUCUGCUUUGAGUCAUCUGGUGCCGUGUAUUUUAUUGUGUCGUCGUUUACGCAGCGAUAUCUCCCACGUGUGAUGUCUGUGAUGCUCUCUCAGUGAUUUUGUUGAAGGGAGAGAGAAAAAAAAACAAUGCUCACAGUUCACAUGGCAUGUUUCUGUUACGAUAUAUAAUUAAUUCGUAAUCUUAUGGUUUCCAUCAGAUUCUGUUCGUCUUUGAAAGGUUUUUUUUACAUUUGCUUUUUGAGGUAUAGGCUCACCUAGCCACAUGUAUGUGAGUUUUUGUUUCUGUAUGUAAGUAUUAUUUUUGUAUCCCAAUAUUGUAUUUGUGUCCGAUUACAUUUCCAAAGCAUGUAAUGUCCAUAACUCAUCCACGCACACCACAUCACACGGCUGUGGGAAUUACCCAGGGUGAUAAAAAAACAUCACAAUACAGCAACGUACACACACUCACUACACACACACUCACUCGUACACUCACCACCCACACUGAUACUCACUACACACACUCACCACACACACUGAUACACUCACUACACACACACACUCACUAUACACACACUCACACUGAUACACUCAUUACACACACUCACCACACACACUCACAACACACACACUCACCACACACACACUCACCACACACCCUCACCACACACACUCACCACACACACACACGCGCACCAUGCGAGUUAAAUAGCAGCAGUCAUCAUCCAAGAACCUCUUCUUGAGCCGCAUUCAUUUCCCUCCUCUGCGGAGCGACUCGCAUCCAAGUCGCACGCGACUUCAGCCAAGACCACAACACACACAGAGAGACUUCAGCCAAGACCACAACACACAGAGAGAGGCAUGGACCCUCGGCUUGCCGCUCUCUUCCAUGCUGUGCUGUGUCUGCUCCCUCCUCCCGGCUUCUCUCAGGUGCCGGCAGUGGCCGCGGGGCCUGACGAGGGCUGGCAGGUCUACAGCUCGGCCCAGGACGCCGAGGGCCGCUGCAUCUGCACCGUGGUGGCGCCGCAGCUGCGGAUGUGCUCGCGGGACGCGCGCAUGCGGCAGCUGAGACAGCUCCUCGACAAGGUCCACAACAUGUCGCAGACGCUGGAGGCGUUGAGCGAGAAGGCGCAGAGCGGCCUGGUGUACGUGCGCCGCGUGGAGACGAAGAUGAAGGGCCUCGAGAGCAGCUUCCGUCAGGUGGAGCAGAGCAGGAAAGCGGUGCUGACCGGCAAGCCGCAGGACAAGAAAGGCUGAUUCACGUGCCGGUGAGCGGAAAGGAAGCCCCACGAGAGAAGAAUUCUACGACCUUCAGAGGAGACACUUUUUCGAGACACCGCAAUGAAAACCGCCACCAGGGUCUUGUAAAUACUUUGACAAACAAAACAAGCAACUUUCCCCUCUCAACGAGACACAAUUUUACCGCUCGCCAGGUGUGCGUUUUUUGGCAAAGCGUCAAGCUGGACGAGUCGAGCGGUCGUUCGUCCGUCUGAAGUUCUUUUGAUUUUCGGAUGUGCCAACUCGUAAGAGACGCCUCAACAACAACAACAAAAGCGACCUGGGACAAUUUUCCGCGAGUCUCGAAUGAUCAAAACAAACACGUAAGUUUGUCCGUGUCAAACCUCAACUUUUGUUUUUCUCCAACGGUCAUCUGCUUAUUAUUUUAGAUGCCGCAUCGAACUUCGGAUACAUCCGUCCGCCACGCGGCGGAGGAAAUCAACCGGCCGUGGAAGCGUGCGCGGCGCAUCGGAGGUCACGUUUUUACCGAGUGAAGAAUUGAAGAACGUUGGGAGUUUCACGCGAAGAACAUCCGGACCGAACGUUCAGAACAUGUCGCUCGAGUUUCAGUAUCGUUUGUUAACGCUGCUUCAGAAAUGAUUUUGCCGUACCCCCCAUCGUUCCUAUGUUGGGGUCCUCAGCCGGUAAAGCGCGAAAGAAGGAAAUUAACGUCAAUAUUUUGACAAAGUUUGAAAUGAACUCGUGUGAACGGUAAUCAACGCACAAUCUGUCGUUUUCUAAGCUUUAAUUUCACAUCCUGCAGUUUGCAGUAGAAUAUCCUGAUUGCGUUUGAUAUCUGUACAGUUCAUUAAAAUGCUUUGAGUGUUUAUAUUCAUUGACACAGUUGUACUGGUCGCACUGUUCAAGGUGAUCUGUGUUUACAUCAUGGAUCAGUGUUGUUGGGAGGGCGACAUUCACAAACUAGUAAUCACAUCUGAUUACUUGAGGUUUCACAGGUAAUAUGUAAUCCCCAUGUGGUGGUGGGGUGACGUGCAGAUGUUCGCGGUUUGAAUCCAUCGGACCGCCCUGGUUAAUACUGCGGUGCAUCUUAACCGUUCCCCAUUCCGAGACGUCUGUAAAUUGCAGGGAGGGUGUCCCAUUCACCACUGAAUCUCGGAACAGGCAGACGGCUCAGCGUUCAUUUUAUUCAGAGGCAUAGUAGCACCGCUGUUGAUUAAAGACGUUGUACUCACCGCACAGGACUGUAGCGACAAGACCGCCCUGUAUGAUAGCUGGCGCCAAGCUGUGCCACACGCCCUCCCGCGUGGCCUUGUGGGAGCCUCGGUACCGAUAAAGUAUUUUUUUCCGGUUCCGUUUCGAUUCGGGACGGGAUCAGAAGAAAAUGCGAUGCCGUACGUGUACAUACGUGUACGUCAUCGGAACAGGAAAGGGUUACCCGGUGGACGUUAAAGAUUCCGUGACGUCACUUGACAAGAGGAGUUGCUAAUUGUGUGUUUGCGUCGCGGUCCAAAUUUGAAACUUGUUACCCGGAACCUACUCGAUUGGGGUUACACAUUGCAACACCGCCCCCGUGCCGUGAUACUACCGCAGGCCGUGCCCGUCUGUGAAACGUGGCGCCGUUCUUCAUGGUAGCCUUGCGUCAUCAGAAUGGUGCGAAUACCACGUUUAGUAAUAACGAUCUGAUUACUGACUCCAUGAUUCAUUCACAUACCAUAUUGUUACACGAUGAAUUGCAGCCUUCUUUAAAUCCACUGCUGGAUGAAGGUCUUACCAUUUCGUAAGUCGGGGAUGUUUUUUAUUUAUUUUACCAUCCUUCACCGCGCUGUCAGCACUUGUUGGUGAAGAUGGUCCCAGGAUGGGUUUGAACAUCGCUCACCGCUCAUGAGAACCGUGGCCAGGAAUUGAACUCAGGUGACCGCGUUUAUAGUGCAGUGUGAGAGCCACUGCUCCACGACUCCACCGCACGGGCAGAUUGAUGGUUGGCCACUGCUGCUGUCUUCACGUAAUCGCAAAGAUUUGUUUUGAUCGUUGACAUGUACGUCGCUUUACGCUUGAGUCACGCAAUUACUCAGAUCGGGAUCACACACAGCCAUCAUCGCUCCCCUGCUGGCAGACUGAUGCCCGCUCGCAGGCCGGGUAAUGAGUCCCCCUCGUGCCGCCCAGGGACAGCUGCCACUGGGGGUGCCCUCCGUGAGAUGCAAGUUGCCUGUCGCUUACGUAAGCGCCCUGACAUGCCCCGGCAUAGCGAGUACUGUAUAUCAAACAUAAAUCGUGACUUAUCAUCAUCACGCGGAUUCCUCCGGCCGUCAUCCUCGCAGCAGCAGCAGCAGCAGCAGCUGCUGCUCUUGGCUGCUGCCAUCGGGCCGCCCUGGUUAAUACUGCGAUGCAGCUCUUGUCUGCUGCCAUCGGGCCGCCCUGGUUAAUACUGCGAUGCAGUUCUUGGCUGCUGCCAUCGAACAAAGGCGGUGGUCGCCGCAUCGCGCGGCACUUUCAGGUGCGCUUCUGGCGGCCGUCUGGAACGCUCUUCCCUUCCGAUGUUAUGAAGCCACUGGAGUUAUGCACUUUCAAUUAUCAUCUAGAUUGAAAACUCAUUUUUUUUCUGUACAGCUGCUUUUUGUGUUUCGUUUGUUGUCCUUCCCCACGCGUACCUCCACCUAGCACGGCAGGCUACGUACGACGGUGCUUAAAUACGUUCAACACACAUACAACAUCAACAUCAUGAAUGGUUUGGAAUUAAACAAUUUUGAUUAAUCACUCGAGUAAACAACCCAAUUGGAAGAUGCUGAGUUGUGUCAUAUGAUUACCAACUAAACCUGGAAUUAUUUAGAAAGGCACUAAAUUGAGCUUCAGUAAUCUGAUUAAAGUAACUCCCUUAACACAGGUUAUGGGGUCACGGUUAUGAACAAUUAUAAAUGGUAUUGACGAUGUUAAUUUAAUAAUAAAAGAUUACAAUGAUUCAAGCAUUUCUGUACAAUCAUUACCGUACAAUGUUUUACCGAAGUCGUUACUUACAUUUAUUUCCUACAAUAAAAGCUUAAGUAACACAAA